UCAGCUGACGAGACUGGGAGGCCAGUGAAGCCUAUAGUUGAUUGAUAUGUUUUGAUGUAGGAAGGAAACGCGUUCAAAGUUUGAUAAACAAUUACUAGGACCUAAGAAACCUAAAGUUUGUGUGUUUCCUGUUCUUCUGAAAAUCUUGUUAUGUGAGGCCGUCGGCUGGAUUACAAACAGCCAGAAAUGCGGUCACCAUGGCUGCAGCUGCUGCUGCUUUUUGCAUACUUACUACUGGUACUUGUUGCCUCUUGCCUUCUUGAUCUGAUCCUUUGGUACCAACAUGGGCUGAGUCCUAUUCAGGUAGUCAAUCCCCUCCUGCUAAAGGUCCGGCAAAUCAAGCUUUUGUUGGAUAGUCGAGGUGUCAGUUACACAGAGUAUUUUGAGAAAAAUGAAUUAGUCCAAGUUUUGCAAGAUUCAGCGGAAGUAAUGAUGGGAGAAGUUGAACAAGUGUCGGCAAUAACUGUCCCGUUAAAAGAACGUUUGACUAGGCCACCUACUGCCAUUUCUCAUUUUACGGGAGGCGCCCACUUUUAUGAGCAGGUUGAGGACACCCGAGAUAGUGUUUGGCUUGUGCAAGUUGUGACUUCCAAUGAGCCCCUUCUUGAUGAUUAUAACUGGAGAUUGGUUUGUCACCAAUUGGAACCAUUUGGAAUAAGGAUUGGUAUUUUUGAUUGCCGGCAGGAUUAUAAGCUUUGUGAAACCAAAGGCUGGGUGGAACCUCUCCUACUUUUAGCCAUGCCCAAAGGGAGGAAAGCUAAAGACAAAGUCAUUUUGCAGCCUUUUACAUCCUCUAAACCCCAGGUCAUUGUUGAUUGGGUACAUCAACAACUGUCUUUAUGGGUGAAACGCAUACAGAGCAUUGAUGAAGUUGAAAAAGACUGGCUUGAUAUGAGCCAAAAUGUGACCAUUAAUACUAGUGGUUCAAAGGAAAAUGUAUUGUCUACACCAGAUGGCACAGGAUCAACAUCUGUCAGUGUUCUUCUUUUGACUCAGCUUCUACAGCCACCCCUAUUUUUGGCAGCUCUGAGCAUAAAAUUUACAGGACGUGUUAAUUUUGGAAUGUUAACUGUGAAGAAAGAGGACACUGAAACAGUUCGUAAGCGAUUGCGCUUGAAUGAUAGAAAGCUUCCUGUGUAUAUUGUGAUAACUCCUGAGAAGAAGGUUGUGUAUGGCUCAAGAAAGCUGGAGUAUUUUAACAUGUGGUCCAUGAAUGUAUUCCUUCGGGGAAUCCAGCCAGAGAUGAACGAUGUAUUUCUCUUUUCGCUUCUGCUUGUGAACAUGCUAGUGGGUCUUACAGUUUGUUUGACUUCAACCCACUUGUGGUUUCGAUGGGCUGUGUACUCACUUUGGGCUUUGGUCAAAUAUAACUUGUGGCUUUUUUCUGCGUGGUUGGUUUUUAUUGCAAUGGCACGAUUUGAGGUGUUUGGUCUUGUCAUAGACCGGUUGCUAUUAAUACUGCGAGUGGUUGGUCUUUCUGACUCGGGAUCCUUUGUGCGUACAGAACUAGCUGUGCUCACUCAAAAUCCUAUAGUAUUCCUCAUCAGCUUCAUUUCCUUUGUUUUGAGUGUGUCAGUUCUCAUUCGAUUCUUUGCUCCAUCUUGGCUGAUCUCUGCUCCCAAUGAUUUACCCAAUCAAAGACCAUGGUGGGAGGUUUUGCCAAUGGAUUCUUAUUGGGUUAACUACUUAUUUCGUCCAAUGGCCUCCCUGUCUCGCCCUAUGCCUACAAGUCAAACAGAACUGGAAGAUGGGAUUGAAAUGCUCAUUGAGAGACUAGCUGUUCCAAAUUUCUGGCUUCAGUCUGUUAUUCCUGUUGAUUAUAUCAAGGAUUUACCGGUUUGGAGAUAUCAUGGGUGGAAUGUGGUUGAGGAGCAACCCAUAUCGUCUGUCUGCAUCAGGGAUAAGUUGUUGCAUACUUCGACACCCAGGUUUUUAGAACACAUGAUGGAUGCCGAAGACCCUCCGAAUUUAAUCCCUUGCUGCUGUGUUUGUUCGGGAGAGGAUACUGGUGAUCAUUCUCCCAGAAUUUCUUGUUCUCAACACCUGACCCAUACUCACAACUCCACGGGCAGCUCUGAUUCCCUCCUGCAUCCUACAAAUGGCUGUUUGUGCUCUCAAGAACAAGUUCAUCCACAUUCCAGAGGUGGCUCCACUUAUACUCAGGAACACCCCAAUUUUCAUUCCAAUGGCUCUUCAAAGCCACCUUUUAAAAUCCCAAAUGCAGGAGCUAGUGAACAAUCAACCCAGUGCUUCUGUCCGUUAUUUCCUGGCUGGACCAAGAAAUCAAUUGGCAAUAGCAAAGCUCCAGGCAAAUGCCAAAAUUGUCGUGAUAGUUGUCACAAAAUCAGAGCUGGACGAACAAGUGGAUCAACGUGUAGUGCAAGUGCCCAGCAAAGUAGAAACUCAGUGUGGAAUAAUUGUAGAAAUUGCCAUUGGCUAGAAACAGACAUUGAGGAGAGUGAUAUAAGUGAUUCUGAGUCUACAAUUGGCUGGACUCUUCCUGAAGGAAUGCUAGCCACUACAGACUGUGCUGUUUGCUUGGAAUGUUAUAAUUAUGGGUCUGUGCUCUGUGGCCUUCCAUGUGGUCACAAUUAUCACCAGCGGUGCAUUUUGGCAUGGCUGCAACGAGAUAACCACCAUUGUCCAGUGUGUCGUUGGCCUGCAUACCGCACUAAAGCACAAAGGAUACAUUUACAUCAGGAGUAACAGAAACAGAGCUGUGGUUUAUGUAAUGCCCAGUUCAUGAAACACAAAGAAUCCAUCUUUUUGCUCUCACAAUCAUUUUGUAGAUACUGUACUUUAAGAAAAAAGUUUGAGAGAGGUGAAAUGUAGAGAGAGAGAUUUAAUACCAUUUAAGGAAUCCUUCGCAUAAGCAUUGCAUUAAAUGUUGCACUUUUUUCUCCCCCCUCUCUCAGUAUGGUCUUUGGAAUCUAUUUCUACUAUUUGGUGGUUUCUUUCUUGUUUGAAAAUAUGCUACCAUGUUUGUAAAAUUGAACGUUACCAAUAUUCAGAUGUGAUAUUUGUUUAAGUUAUGUUCUUGUCAUUUUGCUAUGGUUUGUUUCUGCGUACAUUAGGAAACUACUCUAAGACAUUAUUUGGUGAAAAUUCAUUGAAAACAGUUUGAUUUUCAAUAGCCAUAUUAUUAUCUCGAAAUAUACUUCCUAAAAUUAUGA